AUGGCGAAGAAAGCUCUUCUUCUCCAUAUCAUCCUUUUCGCCAUGCUUUCUCCUUCCUCCCAGCUCUCCAACGAAGUAAUCCAGAACGCAAUCGAAGCUCUCUCCAACUCCGGCUUCGUUUCAAUGUCGUUAACGAUCGAGUUAGUUUCCUCCUUUCUAUCAUCUCUUCCACCUUCCGUAACAAUGUUCUCUCCCUCCGAUUCCGCCUUCUCCAAGUCCGGACAACCGUCUCUCGAUCUCCUUCAGUAUCAUUUCACGCAACUCCCAUUCUCAUUGGAAACUAUACGUUCUUUACCAUACGGCACCGAGAUUCUAACAAUGUCUUCUGGAAAAUCUCUCUUCGUUACCAGCUCUCCAUUAGAUCACAAAAUUUCACUCAACAACGUCACAAUCUGUGGAUAUCCAGUACACGAUGACGGAUCGUUGAUUAUCUUCGGAAUUGACGAAUUCUUUGAUCCUGAAUUUGAGUUUCCUCAAACAGUUCAAACUCCUAUCCCUGAUCUCGGAUGCGUGAUUUCAUCAUCCAACUUAACCUCUUCCUUCCCUGUUUCUUCGUUUAUCGAGGCAUCAGUAGAGCUAAGGUCGAGAGGAUACUCUGUAAUAGCUUCGUAUCUAGACGUGCAAUUACUAGGGUUUCUGGAACCGCCAAAGUUAACAAUCUUUGCUCCUGUUGAUGAUGUAAUGACUGAUUACGUCUCCAAUUUUACUGAAGACUCGUCUCUAUUUCUUCGACAUGUUAUUCCUUGUAGAGUCACAUGGAGUGAUCUUGCUAGUUUUGAAGAUGGAACUCCGCUGCAGACUUUUGCUGAGGGAUCCAGUAUUAGGCUUACCAGAUUUAAUCAUCCGUUGUUGCUCAAUGAUGUACCGAUUGCAUUCCCUGAUAUGUACAUCAGUGAUAGUCUUGUCAUUCAUGGCCUUCAUGGAAUCCUUGAGAGAAAAGAAAUGCCUGAACCAGAUGAAUCUCCGUCUGUGCAGAACGAUGACUGUUGUCUUGCCCCCGAUCAUAGUGAAUUCUGAGUUCCUCGCCCGCUGUAACAAGGUGCACCAGUUUUUUUUAUCCUUCUAGAUUACUUUCCAUUGCAGAAUCUUGAUUGACAUGCAAUAGAUAUAAUAAUUUCAGUACAAUUUCGAAUUC